CCACCAGAGAGAACCGCGAAGUCAGAACUAGGCAGCUGAACGUAAUGUGACUCUUGUCCGUGUCGGUGUGCUGUUGUCGGCAACCCGAUGUUUUGCCCAUCAGGAAAACCAGUAUUAUUUUGGAAGUAUUAACCAGGUUUGCUGAUACAGCAACCAACUCGAAAAAAUGAAGCUAACCACAACGUUACCUUCCGAAAGUUUGUAAGAAGGUCUUAUUUCCGCUGUCUGCAGAGGAAGACAGGAGGGUUGGUGGUUUCCGGGGCGUAACUUGCAACGGACUUGAGAUACUCUAUGAAAACAAGCCGUGAUGGUGUCCCACAGCUGGUCCAGAGUGUAUGACUGAGAGGGAAACUCGACACAAUGGGUAACCAAGGCAACCUGGAAGAUGUGUUCGUGGCUGUCAUCCGUCCUAAGAACCUGGUUAGUCUUAGUUCCAGAGAGUACCGUCCUAAAGCAUAUGAGAUCUUAUUGAUAGAAGUUCCUUUGGAAGGAAAAGAGAAAAAAAAGAAAAAAGUUCUACUGGGGACCAAAAUCCAAGCAGAUGGAGACACAGCCAGGUCGAUUCUGGAUUACGUUGAUGAAACAACCAAGCCCAUAUCUAACAACCAGGGUUUCAUAGGGAAGCGUGUGGUGCACAUGAAGACGUUCCCCCUGGACGGAGAGAAUGAAGGAAAGGAGGUCUCCCUCUUUAUUGUGCCAAUCAAUGUCAAAGACAACAGCAAGACUGUCUACAGCCCUGGAAGCCCCAGUUUCUACUGCCUUCAGGAUAUGAUGCGAGUGUGCAGCGAUACCAGCACUCACUUCUCCCCCACCACCUCCAAGAUGCUUCUAGCCUUGGACAAAUGGCUGGCGGAGCAGCACACCGUGCCCCACGCCAUCCCGGCGUUGUUCCGGCCCGCCCCGGUGGACCGGGUCAGGACCAGCAUCAGCAACCCGGCCUACUUCAGCGAGGGCAGCAGCCCACACAUGGGCUACACCGCCCUGGAGGUAAAGAGCAAGAUGAUGUCCCUGGAGAAGGCCGACAUGUGCAUCCAGAACCCGCUGUACGGUUCCGACCUGCAGUACACCAACAGGGUGGAUAAAGUCAUCAUAAAUCCUUACUUUGGACUUGGAGCUCCCGACUACUCUAAAAUCCAGAUCCCCAAGAGGGAGAAGUGGCAACAUGCGACCAACACCAUGACUGAGGACAAGGAGCGCCAGUGGGUGGAUGACUUCCCGCUGCACCGGAGUGCUUGUGAGGGCGACACGGAGCUGCUCUCCAAGCUGCUGGACAGCGGCUUCUCUGUCAAACAACUGGACAGCGAUCACUGGGCCCCCAUCCACUACGCCUGCUGGCACGGUAAAGUGGAUGCUACCAAACUGUUGCUGGACAAGGGAAACUGUAAUCCCAACCUGCUGAACGGUCAGCUCAGCUCCCCGCUGCACUUCGCUGCUCGCGGGGGGCACUCGGAGAUCGUUCAGCUCCUGCUGCAGCACCCCGAGAUCGACCGGCACGUGGAGGACCAGCAGAAGCGGUCCCCCCUGCAGGUGUGCGAGGAGAACAAGCAGAACGAGUGGGAGGAGACGGCCAAGCUACUACAGCAGGCCAACAACAAACCUUACGAGAAGGUGCGUAUCUACCGCAUGGAUGGUUCGUACCGCUCGGUGGAGCUCAAACACGGCAACAACACGUCCGUACAGCAGAUCAUGGAGGGCAUGCGACUCUCCCAGGAGACACAGCAGUACUUCACCAUCUGGAUCUGCUCCGAGAACCUCAACUUGCAGCUGAAACCCUACCACAAGCCCCUGCAGCACCUGCGCAUCUGGGCGGAGAUCGUGACGGACCUCACGGUGCUGGACCCCCAGAGGGAGAACCCCCAGCUCUUCCUGCGCAGGGACGUCCGGGUGCCCCUGGACGAAGAGAAAAAGGUGGAGGACCCCCUCUCCAUCCUGAUCCUGUUUGAUGAGGCGCGUCACUGUCUCCUCAAGGGGUUCUUCCCCUCGCCAGACAGCAAGCUCAUCACCCUGGCCAGUCUGCUGCUGCAGAUCAUCUACGGCAACUACGAGAGCAAGAAGCACAAGCAGGGCUUCCUCAAUGAGGAAAACCUCAAAUCGAUCGUACCCAUAUCCAAAAUGAAAAGCAAGGCGCAUCAUUGGACGAACAGGAUUCUUCAUGAAUACAAAAGCCUGAGCACCAGUGAGGGUGUGAGUAAGGAGAUGCACCACCUCCAGAGGCUCUUCCUGCAGAACUGCUGGGACAUCCCCACCUACGGUGCCGCAUUCUUCACCGGCCAGGUGUUCACCAAGGCCAGCUCCAGCAACCACAAGGUCAUCCGUGUCUUUGUGGGGGUCAACACCAAGGGCCUGCAUCUCCUGAACAUGGAGACCAAGGUGCUUCUCAUCAGCAUGGAGUAUGGCUCCUUCAUGUGGCAGCUUGGUCCUGCUGACCAGUACUUCCAGAUACACAGUCUGGAAAACAAGAUGAACUUCAUUGUGCACACCAAACAGGCUGGCCUUAUUGUGAAACUGCUAAUGAAGUUGAGUGGACAAAUUACUCCAAAUGACAAAAGCUUAUCAGACAAGUAUGCAUAUGGUUGAAUCCAUAUGAGACAUUUAUCCUUUCACAACUUGUACUUUUCUUUGUUGUUUGUUUUGCUGUUUUGUAUCAAAUCAUUGCCUUGAAGGAGUGUUUUCACGAGAAAAUUUUGAUUUUUUCUCAUCACAUUGUGUAUUCAAUAUUCACAUGACUGUUUAUUUUACAAAUUAAUAUUGCUUACUGUUAUUUUUUCAGGAUUGUAAAUAUUUUUAUUUAACGGUUCAUUUUAUUAAAACAAUUUAUAUAAUGUGA